UUUGAGCUUGGAGCUUGUUUGACCGUUAAUAAUGCACUUUGUCUUUGCAGCUUAGUCCCCAACACUUUUGCCAAUUUCAAAAUCACACCUCACGCGCUUUCGGCCCAAUCCGCCACCACCCCCUCCGGUCUUCGGCCGCUUAUCCGCCCCAAACAAAACAAAACCACUGCAAGACCACCACCCUAAGCCACCAUUCCGAGAUCUCUCUCUCUGCAAAUGUGACAAUGACUUCCCGGCAGCGCCCUCCGCCGCCGCCUCAGCAAGGCCCGGCCAGACACCAGCGCGCCCAAUCUAAUGAGCAACCUUACAACAUCAUCCCGAUCCAUAACCUACUGGCGGACCACCCUUCUCUCCGUUUCCCGGAGGUGCGUGCCGCGGCUGCUGCUCUCCGUUCGGUCGGAGACCUACGGAAGCCGCCGUUCCUUCCGUGGCAGCCACACUAUGAUCUGCUCGACUGGCUCGCCCUCUUCUUCGGCUUCCAGGCUUCCAGUGUCCAUAAUCAGAGGGAGCACCUUGUUCUGCACCUCGCCAACGCCCAGAUGCGGCUGACCCCUCCUCCUGACAACAUCGAUUGUCUAGACCAGGGGGUUCUGCGCCGCUUCCGCCGCCAGCUCCUGAAGAGCUACUCAUCAUGGUGUUCCUUCCUCGGCCUCAAAUCUAAUGUCUGGCUUGUGGAGCGCCACACCUCCUCCUCCUCCUCCUCUGACAACCGCCGAGAGCUUCUCUAUGUUUCCCUUUACCUCCUUAUCUGGGGUGAGUCUGCUAAUCUCCGCUUUGUCCCUGAGUGUAUUAGCUAUAUUUUUCAUAACAUGGCCAUGGAAUUGAACAAAAUUUUGGAGGAUUACAUAGACGAAGACACAGGCAGGCCGGUUUUGCCCUCUAUUUCGGGUGAAAAUGCCUUUCUGAAUAGGGUCGUCACGCCCAUUUAUGAUACAAUACGAGCAGAGGCUGAAAAAAACAGAAACGGCACUGCCCCACACUCUGCUUGGAGGAACUAUGAUGAUAUAAACGAGUAUUUCUGGACUAAGAGGUGCUUUGAGAAGUUGAAGUGGCCAAUUGAUAUUGGCAGUACAUUUUUUGUGACUACAAACAAGGGGAAGAAGGUAGGGAAGACCGGGUUUGUGGAGCAAAGGUCCUUUUGGAACUUAUAUAGGAGCUUUGAUAAGCUCUGGAUCAUGCUUGUUCUCUUCCUCCAGGCCGCAAUCAUUGUGGCUUGGGAGGGAGACGAGUAUCCCUGGCAAGCUUUGAAGCGCAGGGAGUUGCAAGUGAAGGUUUUGACCGUGUUCUUCACAUGGAGCGCGUUGAGGUUCUUUCAGUCAUUGCUUGAUAUCGGGAUGCAAUACAGACUGGUUUCAAGGGAAACUCCAUUGCAUGGAGUGAGAAUGGUUCUGAAGGUUAUGGUUUCAGCUGGAUGGAUUGUGGUUUUCGGUGUAUUCUAUGGAAACAUCUGGACCCAAAGAAACAAUGGCCGGAGGUGGUCGGGAGAGGCCAACAGGAGGUUGUUGAAUUUCCUUGAGGUCUGUUUGGUUUUUGUUGCCCCGGAGAUUUUGGCUUUGAUCUUCUUUAUUCUUCCCUGGGUUCGGAAUUUCUUAGAAAACACCAACUGGAAGAUAUUUAACUUGAUGUUAUGGUGGUUCCAGAGCCGGGCGUUUGUGGGUCGAGGACUUAGGGAAGGGCUUGUGGAUAACAUAAAGUACACCCUCUUCUGGGUUUUUGUGCUUGUUUCUAAGUUCUCCUUCAGCUACUUUUUACAGAUCAAACCCAUGAUAUCUCCAACAAAGACACUUUUACGUCUUAGGAAUGUGGAGUAUGAAUGGCAUCAGUUUUAUGGUAACAGUAACAGGUUUGCCAUUGGAUUGAUUUGGCUUCCUGUUGUUCUGAUCUACCUUAUGGAUAUACAGAUUUGGUACGCCAUCUACUCUUCCUUUACCGGUGCAGUGGUGGGAUUAUUUGACCACUUGGGCGAGAUUAGGAACAUGCAGCAACUGAGGUUGAGGUUUCAGUUCUUUGCGAGUGCCAUUCAGUUUAAUCUGAUGCCAGAGGAGCAGUUACUAAGUACCCAUGGAACAUUUAAGAGCAAGUUCAAGGAUGCCAUUCACCGAUUGAAACUCAGAUAUGGAUUUGGUCGGCCAUUCAGAAAGCUUGAGUCUAAUCAGGCAGAGGCUAACAAGUUUGCAUUGAUAUGGAAUGAGAUAAUCUUAACGUUUAGGGAAGAAGAUAUCAUCAGUGAUCGAGAAGUUGAGUUGCUGGAGUUGCCCCAGAACACGUGGAUUGUGAGAGUGAUUCGUUGGCCAUGUUUACUGCUUUGCAAUGAGCUUUUGCUUGCUCUCAGCCAGGCAAAGGAGUUGGUGGAUGCUCCUGACAGGUGGCUUUGGUCUAAGAUCAGCAAGAGUGAAUAUAGGCGGUGUGCAGUUAUUGAAGUGUAUGAAUGUACCAGACACUUGUUGUUGGAGAUUGUUGAGUUACACAGCGAAGAACAUUCCAUCCUUACAACUUUCUUUCAACAGAUCGACGAAUGGGUUAAGCUGGAGAAGUUCACCAAACACUACAACCUAACUGCACUUCCCCAAAUAUGUGACAAACUGAAUGCUCUUCUCGAUUUGAUUCUCAACCCUAAACGGGAUGUUGACAAGGUGGUCAAUGUUCUCCAGGCCAUGUAUGAGAUUGCCACUCGAGAUUUUCUCAAGGAGAAGAUGACUGGAGAUCAGCUAAGAGAGGAAGGUCUGGCACUUCGUGCUGAUGUGAAUAAACUGCUUUUUGAGAAUGUGUUAGUGUUUCCCGAUCCUGACCGUGAUACCUUUUACCGUCAGGCUCGGCGCUUGCGAACCAUUCUCACAUCUCGUGACUCUAUGAGCAACAUUCCAAGAAAUCUCGAGGCAAGGCGUCGGCUUGCCUUCUUUAGCAACUCUCUUUUCAUGAACAUGCCACAUGCACCUCACGUUGAGAAAAUGAGAGCUUUUAGUGUUUUGACCCCAUACUACAAUGAAGAAGUGUUGUACAGUAAGGAACAGCUCCGUACUGAGAAUGAAGAUGGUAUUUCCACUCUCUAUUACUUGCAGACUGUUUAUGCUGACGAGUGGGAAAAUUUCUUGGAAAGAAUGCGGCGAGAAGGGAUGGUUGAUGAGAGAAAAGAGUUGUGGUCAGAUAAGCACAGGCUUAAGGAUCUUAGGCUUUGGGCAUCGUACAGGGGUCAGACACUUUCCAGGACGGUUAGGGGAAUGAUGUACUAUUACAGAGCUCUUAAGAUGCUUGCCUUUUUGGAUUCAGCAUCUGAAGUGGAUAUCAGGGAAGGAUCACAUGAGCUUACUUCUUUGAGGCCUGGUUCAAUCUCAGAAAGGGCACCUUCUUCUAGAAGCUUGAGCAGAGCAGAAUCAGCAGAUAGUUCAGCGAGUAUGAUGUUUAAAGGUCAUGAGUAUGGGACUGCUUUGAUGAAAUUCACGUAUGUGGUUGCGUGUCAGAUUUACGGUACUCAAAAGGCCAAAAGGGAUCCCCGUGCUGAUGAUAUCUUGAAGCUGAUGGAAAACAAUGAAGCUCUUCGUGUUGCUUAUGUUGAUGAGGUUGUGAAAGGAAGAGAUGAGAUCACAGAGUAUUACUCUGUGCUGGUGAAGUAUGACCAAAUGCUAAAGAAGGAAGUGGAGAUCUAUCGAGUAAAGCUCCCUGGUCCAUUGAAAUUGGGGGAGGGAAAACCCGAAAAUCAGAACCAUGCUCUUAUCUUUACCCGGGGUGAUGCAGUCCAAACAAUUGAUAUGAACCAAGACAAUUACUUUGAGGAGGCACUGAAAAUGAGGAAUCUUUUGGAGGAAUUCAAGCACUAUUAUGGCAUUCGAAAGCCAAAAAUUUUGGGAGUCAGGGAGCAUAUCUUUACCGGUUCGGUUUCAUCCCUUGCUUGGUUUAUGUCGGCUCAGGAAAUGAGUUUUGUCACUCUGGGUCAACGUGUCUUGGCAAACCCUCUAAAAAUCCGAAUGCAUUACGGGCACCCCGAUGUGUUUGACAGGUUCUGGUUUUUAACUCGCGGAGGGAUUAGCAAAGCAUCUAAAGUGAUCAAUAUUAGUGAAGAUAUAUUUGCUGGAUUUAACUGCACACUGCGCGGUGGUGAUGUCACCCACCAUGAAUACAUCCAAGUUGGCAAGGGAAGGGAUGUGGGAUUGAAUCAAAUAGCCAUGUUUGAGGCCAAGGUUGCCAGUGGUAACGGUGAGCAAGUUCUAAGCAGGGAUGUUUAUAGGUUGGGCCAUAGGCUUGACUUCUUCAGAAUGCUUUCGUUUUUUUACACAACCGUCGGGUUUUUCUUCAACACAAUGAUGAUUGUUCUUACAGUUUAUGCAUUCUUAUGGGGAAGACUUUACCUGGCACUCAGUGGGCUUGAGGGUUCUGCCACUUCAAGUGACACAAAUAACAACAGAGCGCUCGGUACGAUUCUGAACCAGCAGUUCAUCAUUCAGUUGGGUUUGUUCACUGCUUUACCAAUGAUUGUGGAGAAUUCUCUUGAGCACGGUUUUCUCACUUCUAUCUGGGAAUUCAUAACAAUGCAACUCCAGUUGUCUUCUGUGUUUUACACUUUCUCAAUGGGAACACGGGCCCACUAUUUUGGCCGAACUCUUCUUCACGGUGGUGCGAAGUAUCGAGCAACUGGGCGUGGAUUUGUGGUACAACACAAGAGUUUUGCUGAAAAUUACAGACUUUAUGCUCGUAGCCACUUCACCAAGGCAAUUGAACUUGGGCUCAUACUUACAGUAUAUGCUUCAUACAGCCCUGUAGCAACCAAAACCUUUACAUACAUAGCUUUGACAAUAUCAAGUUGGUUCCUGGUGGUCUCGUGGAUCUUGGGUCCUUUCGUGUUCAAUCCUUCUGGUUUUGAUUGGUUGAAAACGGUGUAUGAUUUUGACGAGUUUAUGAACUGGGUAUGGUACCGAGGUGGUGUUUUUGCAAAAACUGAACAGUGUUGGGAAAAAUGGUGGGAUGAAGAGCAGGAUCAUUUAAGAACGACAGGUCUGUGGGGGAAGAUACUGGAAAUGAUUCUAGACCUCCGCUUUUUCUUUUUCCAGUAUGGAAUUGUGUAUCAGUUAGGAAUUGCUUCCGGAAGCAAAAGCAUUGCGGUUUACUUGCUUUCGUGGAUUUAUGUGGUAGUGGCCAUUGGGAUUUACUCCAUUAUAGCUUCUGCCCGUGACAAGUAUGCUGCAAGAGAACACAUAUACUACCGUCUGGUUCAGUUCCUCGUUAUCAUUCUUAUCAUAAUAUUAGUAGUUGCCUUGCUCCAGUUCACGGAUUUCAAAUUUGUGGAUAUAUUCACUAGUCUUCUCGCUUUUGUUCCCACUGGGUGGGGUCUACUCUCUUUCGCACAAGUGCUACGCCCCCUACUGCAAAACACUUUUAUGUGGGGGACAGUUGUUGCAGUGGCAAGAUUGUAUGAAAUCAUGAUUGGAGUGAUUGUGUUGAUACCUGUGGCGCUCUUGUCAUGGCUGCCUGGAUUCCAACCCAUGCAGACAAGGAUCCUAUUCAAUGAUGCUUUUAGCAGAGGCCUGCGGAUUUUCCAGAUUGUGACUGGGGUGAAACCAAAGCGUGACGUCUGAUCCAGACAGAUACACUGCUAAAUCUCUGAAUGAAGGAUUGCUCCGUAGACUUGUGCUCUCCAAUGCAUGUUCUGAUAAUUAAGAUUCUUUUUUGUUGGUGGGAUAAAGAAGUGGAUGCAGUAAGUAGUGAACAAAGAGUUUAGAUUUCACCAUUUUCCAUUUGUAGAUGAUUUUACCAUAGAGGAGACGCUUAGAAAUGCUGCUUCAAUUUAUCUUUAAUCAGUCUGAUUUUGUUUAUGUAAUGUGAGACGAGGGGUGUUCCCUACAUAUUUUGCUCGGGCACCCUUCACGUCCCCGAGCAUUGUAAUUAUUCUUCAUUCUUGUUUUGGUAAUGCUAGUAAUCUUGGUGGGUAAUUUCUUGGGGAGAAUCCUGUUGUGAGUUUUGGUCGUGAUUAAUUUUUUUUGGAAGUUCAUUUAUUUGGGCUCUUUUAUUGUAAUGAUUAUUGGGAAAUGCUUGGUUCACAAACACAAUGAUCACAAACAUCACAAACUUUCUAUUUGUGAACUUCAAUGAAAAAAUAAAUAGUCUAAAGUUAU